AGCUCACCUCCCCACGCCCGCACAAUGUUCGCCCUCCGCACUGCCUUCGCCCACGUCCGGCUGACCGCCGCCACCGCCGCCACCUCCGCCGUGCACCUUUCUCCACGGCUGCCGAUGCUCACGCGCGUUCCCGCACCCAUCAUCGCACCGACGAUCCCCCGGCGCUGGGCAACCUUCAACCAGGUGCUCAAGGGCUGCCGCAAGCAGGCGCGGGCGCGCAAGCCCGUGUCCCCCGCACUGUCGAAGGGAAAGCGACCGUGCAUGAAGGGCGUGUGCAUCCGUGUCACUGUCAUGAAGCCUAAGAAACCCAAUUCUGCGGAGCGAAAGAUCGCCCGUGUCAAGCUCAGCAGCGAUCAAGUCGUUACGGCGUACAUUCCUGGUGAAGGUCACAAUGUGCAGCAGCAUUCGGUCGUGCUGGUGCGCGGUGGAAGGGCCCAGGAUUGUCCUGGUGUCAGAUACCAUCUUAUUCGGGGUGCUAUGGAUUUGGGCGGUGUACCGAACAGGAUUACGUCCAGGUCCAAGUAUGGAACCAAGAAGACGAAAGCUUAGAGCUGUUGAUGAGGAGGGGGUUACGGUGUUGUACUAUAGAGGGCAAUGGCACAUGGUGGACGGAUUUGGGCUUUCUCGAUUGGAGGAGAGGUUUGGAUACCUAGUCCAUGUGGUGUCACUCGGAGUUGUGAAAUCGAUCGCCAGUCAGCAGCUAUUUCCAUGCUGUUCCGGCACUGGAUAAUUCAUGGUGUGUGGGGUAUGCAAGGAUUCUAGGCCUGUCGGGCUGUGAGAGGUGACG